AUAUACAUAUCGAAGGGCCAAGAUCCAAACGACCUUCUCCGCCGGAUGUAGACGCCCUUAGCUGAGCGCUCUUCCCCUUCCUUCCCAUUCUGGCGUCUCGAAGCCAGUAGAUUAAUCACCUCCCCUCUCGAUCCGCGAAUCCCUCUCUCCAUUCCGCCCGCUCCCUAAAUCGAGGAGCGCGGGAGGACACCGCGAGGCGCGCCGGCUGCUAGGGUUUGUCGGUCGGGUUGGGGCUGCGAUCCGGGCGGGCAUGAGCAUCCGGGAGCUCAGGGACGGCGCCGGGGGGCUGGAGGAGGAGGAGCAGGAGCGGGAGGAGGAGGCGAGGAGCGGCGGUGGCGGCGAGGUCGCUGCCGUCGCGCGGUUGAGGGCCAAGCGCGCGCUCGUCGGCGCCGGCGCGAGGGUCCUGUUCUACCCGACGCUGCUCUACAACGUCCUCCGCAACCGGUUCGAGGCCGAGUUCCGGUGGUGGGAUCGCGUCGACAAGUAUGUUUUGCUAGGCGCUGUUCCGUUCUCCAGUGAUGUCCCACGCCUGAAGCAACUUGGAGUAAAAGGAGUUGUCACACUGAAUGAGCCUUACGAAACUCUCGUUUCAACAUCCCUGUACCAGGCUCAUGGUAUCAAUCACCUCGAAAUUCCCACAAGGGACUACCUUUUUGCCCCCUCUCUGGAGCAUAUUUGUCAAGCAGUGGAUUUUAUUCACCGAAAUGAAAUGCAAGGUGGUAGCACCUAUGUCCAUUGUAAGGCUGGAAGGGGACGAAGCACCACUAUUGUUUUGUGUUUUUUGAUCAAGUACAGGAAUAUGACUCCUGAAGCAGCUUUGGAUCAUGCAAGGUCUGUGAGGCCCAGAGUGCUUUUAGCGCCAUCCCAAUGGCAGGCUGUUAAACUGUUUAGCACGGUCACCAGCAGAUGCCUUUCGAUUCAGAGCUCAAACGGAACCUGCUCGGUACAAUCUGAGAAAGAAUCAAGUGAACUAUUUAGCACACUGACCACCAGGUGCCUUUGGAUAGAGUGCUCAAAUGAAGACUCCUCGGUAACAUCUGACGAAGAAUCCAGUGAAGCAUCCGUCGCAGACCCUGAAGUUGAUGGCUACACCACCGAGUUUGACAGCGAGCAUUUUGUGUUACCUCGUUGUCGAAGCUUGCUAUCCAGGCCGACAAGCCCCACCGGGGGUAGCGAUGCAGUGUUCAUAACUGAAGCAGAUCUCGAGGGCUACGGGACCUACGCCGAUGCCGGUAAGGAUGUUGUCUCAGUGGACGUAGUGGUCCGCCACAAGCCCAUCAUGAGGAAGCUAUCCUGCUUCCUUGGGUCCUUGAAGCUUACCCUCAACUGCGAACCACCUCCGAGCCGUUUAACUGAGGUUCGAGCCUGCUAGGUAGAUCUGCAAUGUCUGCGUCUUUUUUCCACGUUGUACAUCGGAAGAGUGUAGUUAGCGGCACGAGUCUGCACAGGCCGCGGUAUGCCCUCGGGAGAGAACUGUAUGUUGGAGAGAGAGAGAGAGAGAGAGAGAGAGAGAGAUGGCCCUCGGAAUAGAACUGUAUGUUGUGCAGAGCGAGCGAGAGAUCUGAGGUGUGCAUGUUUUGUGUGAAUAUCUGCCUCAUUAAUAACUUGCAAAUCAGCUUCAAUUUGUACGGGCACCGUUUUGUUCGACGGAUCCACCCGGAGAGACUCCGCGAAUACUACUGAGCCUGAAGCCCUAGAGUCUUAGACUGGUAAUAAUCUCAUCCUGGCAAACUGCAAUAAGGUGCUAGAUUGAAAGAUUCACAUGUACAAUGUAAGGAAAGUUUCGAUAUGUUUCUGCAUCGCA